AUGUCUUUACCCGCUUUGGCUGCUUGGAAUGUUAGGGGUUUUAACAACCCUAACAAGGCCAAGAUGUGUAAAGAUUUCAUUGCUUCCUUUAAUCUCAAGCUUCUGGGUAUUCUUGAAGCUAAAAUUCAUCCUUCGGUCCAUCAAGAUCCCUGGUUUCAUAAUUCUCGUGUCCUUUUUGACAAUGAAAUGUGUUGUGACAACUUCACUUGUUCUAACCCCGGUAGAAUUUGGGUUAAGUGGGAUUUUUCCCACCUUUCUUUUAAUCCUUCCUUCAUCUCUUCUCAAGUUAUUCAUGGCUUAGUGCAAGCGGGUUCUAUUCCUCCCUUUUAUUUGUCUGUGGUUUAUGCUGCUAAUGAGUUGGGAGACAGGAGGUCUCUAUGGGAUGAUUUGUUAAAUCUUUCUGUUGAUGAAAAAGCUGGGGGCAAUCUCUUAACUGCUGAUAGGUUGGGAGAACUUAAUAACUUCAUUUUUGAGGCUGGGGUCCAUGACCUGGCUUCGGUGGGGUUGUUUUUUACUUGGUUUAACCAAAGAGCUGAUAACCCUAUCCACAUUAAACUGGAUCGUAUGCUGGUGAAUUCUGCUUUUCUUGACUUAUUUCCUACUGCUUACUAUAGAGUGACUGAGCACUUGGGGUCUGACCAUUCCCCUCUAAUUCUAAGUGUGGAUGCUAGUCCGAUUGUUUUCUUCUAUGAUUGCCUCAAACGUCUUAAGAUGGCUGUUAAGAGUAAGAGGUGGAGCUCUUCUAAUUUCAUUUCUAAUGGCAUUUUGGAGUUUAAAAACAGGCAAUACCAAUUGUUAUCCGAUAUCCAAUCAGAUCCUUUAAACCCAACUUUGAAUGCCUCUCUCAAAGAAACUAAUGAUGAUUUAGCUUCCUUUCAAUCAGCUUGGUAUUCUUGGAUUGCUCAGAGAGCCAAGGCUUAUUGGCUUUCUCUUGGGGAAGAUGAUCUUGGUUUCCUUUACAUUAAGAUAAGAGCUAGGAAGAAUCGUAACAUGAUUAAGGAAUUGGUUGGUCCGUCUGGUUUGAUCUCUUCUCAUGAUGAGUUGGCUGCUUCCCUCAUAUCCCACUUCAAAGGUUUAUACAAUAUGGGAAGUCCCCCUUGUGAGAAUUCUUUCAAUAUCAUGGCUGGCUCUCAGAUUCCUCAUGAUUUAAUUCAUGGGCUUACCCAACCUGUUUCUGAUGAAGAAAUUAAAAAUGUUGUUUUUGCUGGUAAAGCCACCUCCGCUCCUGGUCCAGAUGGCUUCUCAUUUGGUUUCUAUCAAAAAACUUGGCACAUCAUUGGUUUCCACCUUUGUAGAGCGGUUAGACAUUUUUUUACUACUGGGGUUAUGCCCAAAGUUUCAAAAGCUACUGCCAUUACCCUUAUUCCUAAGGGGACUCACUCCAAUGCCAUUUCGGACUUUAGACCCAUCUCUUUAUGUAAUGUUUUUUAUAAGAUCGUCGCUAAAAUUCUUGCCAACAGGUUAAAACCGAUUCUUCCUUUUAUCAUUCAUGAGAGUCAGUCUGGUUUUAUUUCUAAGAGAUGCUCCACGGACAACAUCAUUCUUGCUUCUGAAAUCUUGAGGGAGUUUAAAGGGAAUCAUAAGUAUUUUUGUGCCAAGUUGGACAUUAAGAAAGCUUUUGACUCUGUUUCUCGCACCUUUUUGAUCAAUAGGUUGAGGCAAAAGGGUUUCCCGGAGGUCUUUAUCAAAUGGAUUCAUGGUUGCAUUGGGGAGGUUCAUUUCUCGGUUUGUCUUAACGGGGUUUUGGAGGGAUUCUUUCCUUCAAAAUCUGGUUUGAGGCAAGGCUGCCCCCUUUCCCCUCUUCUCUUCUGUAUUGUUAUGGACGCCCUCUCUUCUUGCCUGGAUGCGAAUGAGGAUUUUGUGGGUAUUAGAAUUAAGAAUCUCAAUAUUAAUCAUUUGAUGUAUGCGGAUGAUCUUCUUGUCUUUGGGUUGGCUGACUUGGAUAAUGUCUCUUCUCUUAAUGGGAUUCUUAAAACUUUCGCUGACGCUUCCGGCUUGCAUAUUAAUCCUUUGAAGAGCUCUUUGAUUAUAUCCAGGAACUUGCACUCUGAUACUGGCUUUGCUAAUACUCUUGGGAUUUCUAGGGUGGAAGAUUUCAUCACUUAUUUGGGCAUUCCCAUUUCCACUACUCGGCUUAAGUUUUCUCACUUCCAACCCCUCCUGAGUAGAAUUUCUACUCUUCUUGCGGGUUGGAAAGUUAAAUUUCUUUCUUUUGCAGUUAAUAUUUUACCCUCCAUUUUGCUUUCUGUUCAUAGCAGGAGCAAUCUUUCCUUUCUUUGGGACCCUUGGUGCAAGGGGAAGGCAAUUGCUGACUUGUAUUAUUCGGCUGCACUUGAAAAUUCUAAGGUGAAUGAUUUCAUCGUUGAGAAUAGAUGGGAGCUUCCUUUUUCUAUUCCUUAUGUGAUUAGAGCUGGAAUUUUAGAAAUUAAUAUUUUGGGGGACAAACCGGUUAUCUCUUGGGAGGGCUCCCCGUCUCCUCCUUCUAAAAAGGUUCUUAAUGCUUUUUAUGGGCACUUGGAUAAUGUUAUUUGGCAUAAGUUUGUUUGGCACAAAAGGCAUGCUUUGAGACUAGACGGUGGAAAGAUUAUGAGAUGCUUAAAGAAUUAUUCAGCUGGAUUUUUGCUUAAUGCACCUUUUGCUGCCUUCCCCUUGGCUUGGCGUCUUGCUUUUUGGAGCUGCUGGAGUAAUCAAUUUUCAUUUUUGAGAUCCCCACGAGAGAAUUUGUCCUGCCAGUUUUUCUGUUUGAUCUCUGUGGCUGAUGCUUGUGGUGAUAUCGUGGGUUUUGCUGGACAAAUUCGUUUUGAUCAAGACCAAUUUUUUGUCUUGAUGGAGAAUGGGAUUUUUGGGACGAUGAUGAUCAUGGACUACAUCUAUCCGGCGACCUUGGAUGGUCUUCUGGCAACCAGGUCUUCGUGUGUGCUGAUUAUUUUCACUGUGAUGGUCUUGCUGGCAACCAGUGCUUUUGUCGGACUUAGCUUUUCUGUGCCUGGGGUUUAUUGCUUUGUGAUGUAG